AUGCUCUCGCAGUCUCCACUCCGAUGCCUCUCGGUAGCUGCGGCAAGUCACUUUGACUAUAUUAUCCUGGGCGCAGGCUCAGCGGGCUGCGUCAUGGCAAACAGGCUUUCGGAGGAUCCCAACGUCAAGGUGGCCGUGCUUGAAGCAGGUAGGUGGCACAGAGGGUCCUGGGAUUGGUGGAAAGCGGCGAUGCCCGCGGCCCUGACGUUCAACUUGGCCAACAAGAAGUAUAACUGGGACUACCACACUGUGCCGCAGAAGCACAUGAACAACCGACGACUGCAUCAGCCACGAGGAAAAAUGACAGGUGGUUCGUCUGGUAUCAACGCCAUGGUCUAUGUUCGUGGGCAUGCUCUAGACUUUGAGAGGUGGGCUUCACAGGAAGGAUGCCCGGGCUGGUCCUAUCGCGACGUCCUCCCUUAUUUUAAGAAGUCCACUACACACGAGUUGGGCGAGAAUUUCUACCGUGGUGGGGCUGGUCCCAUCCAUGUAAGACGUGGGGCCACUGGUAAUGAGCUAUUCAAGGCGUUUGUCGAUGCCGGCGUACAAGCUGGCUAUCCGUAUACAGAGGACAUGAAUGGUAAACAGCAGGAAGGCUUCGGCCCUAUGGACAUGACUGUGAGUCCCGUGGACUCCUCCGAAACUCCCUUCGAGCUCUCGCGCUUCAAGGUCACCUCUGACGGCAAGCGAUGCCAUGCGGGUUUGGCUUAUCUAAAUGAAGCCGCGAAGAGGCCUAAUUGCUCGGUAAUAACCCGAGCAAUGGUCAACAGACUUGUAUGGGAACGCUCCCCUGAUGGUGCCGAAAAACGUUGUAUUGGAGUAGAGUAUAUCGAUCACGUGGGCGAGCCUCGUUAUAUUAAAGCUGGUCGAGAGAUCAUUAUGGCGAUGGGGGCCGUCGGGACCCCACAGAUCCUGAACUUAUCGGGAGUAGGUGAUCCUGACCAUCUGAGGUCUCUAUCGAUUGAUCCAGUUAUAGCUAACCAGAAUGUUGGGCAGAACCUACAAGACCAUUUGGAAUUUUACGUUCAGUAUCUUUGCUCAAAGCCUGUUAGCCUCUUUCCGGUGGCGACGUGGCGGUACCCACAUCUAAAGGCUCUCACGGGCAUCGAGUGGCUCCUCAAGGGAACGGGCUUGGCCGCGUCUAAUCACUUUGAUACUGGUGGCUUCAUAAGGACUCGAGCAGGAAUCCGACACCCCGACUUCCAAUUCCACUUCAUCCCAGGCUGUGUUGUGGGGCAGCUCGAUUUCCUCCCUCAUCACGGCUACCAGGCUCAUGGUGGGACGAUGCGUCCUAAAUCGCGAGGGGCUAUAAAGAUAACGUCGAAGGAUCCGCGAGAUGAGCCACUGAUUGACCCGAACUUCCUGGCUGAUGUCGAGGAUAUGAGGGAUAUGAGGGAGGGCUUGAGGAGGACUAUAGAGAUUAUGGAGCAGCCUGCCUUGAAAGACUAUUACAUGGAGAGUCGUUUAUCACCAGCAACAGACUUCAAUUUGGACAGCGACGACGACUGCGACCGGUGGAUCAAGAAUUCGAGCCACUCUGCUUAUCAUCUGUCAUGCACUGCUGCUAUGGGGAAAGUCGUGGACGAGCACGGUCGACUGUAUGGGGCCUCGAAUGUUCGAGUUGUGGAUGCGAGUGCGAUGCCUUCGAUGACUUCUGGCAAUUUGAACGCUCCUACAUUGAUGAUGGCUGAGAAGUUUGCUGAUCACAUUCGAGGCCGGCCGUAUCUAGACCCCGCUCAGAGUGAAAACGACGAGGCUCUAUGGUGGGAGAACCCCACUUGGCAGACUUCACAGCGAUAG